AUGACAUUUCUGGGUCGCCAGUCGUCCGCACUCAGACUUGGCUUUGCCGGUGUCCCGCGGCCGGCCAGUAGUUUGCCCCAGAUGAGAGAGGAGCAACCAAAUUUCUCCCCUCCCCUUGUCAUCAAGGUUCCAAACGAGCUUACUUCCAUCAAGGCUACGGCCCGCGACGCCCUACACAGUGGCCCAAGGACCCGGUAUGUGGCAAGCCAGGAGGUCGUCUAA